AUGGAUUUCGGGUCCUUGGAGACAGUGGUGGCCAACUCUGCCUUCAUUGCUGCCCGGGGCAGCUUUGAUGGGAGCAGCACGCCAUCCUCCCGGGACAAGAAGUACCUGGCCAAGCUCAAGCUGCCCCCAUUGUCCAAGUGUGAGUCCCUCCGUGACAGCCUUGGUUUGGAGUUUGAGAGUGUGUGUGUGGAGCAGCCCAUCGGCAAGCGGCUCUUCCAGCAGUUCCUGCAGACUGACGAGAGGCACGUGCCAGCCCUGGAGCUCUGGAGGGACAUCGAGGACUAUGACACGGCUGACGAUGACCUCCGGCCGCAGAAGGCCCAGGCCAUCCUGGCUGACUACCUGGACCCCAAGGCCAAGCUCUUUUGUGGCUUCCUGGAUGAGGGGACGGUAGCGAAGGUCAAGGAGGGGCCUGUGGUCAGCCAGGACGGGCUGUUUCAGCCUCUGCUGCAGGCCACGCUGGCGCACCUGAGCCAGGAGCCCUUCCAGGAGUUCCUGGGCAGCCUGCACUUCCUGCGCUUCCUGCAGUGGAAAUGGCUGGAGGCUCAGCCCAUGGGGGAGGACUGGUUCCUGGACUUCAGGGUCCUGGGCAAGGGUGGCUUCGGGGAGGUGUCAGCCUGUCAGAUGAAGGCGACCGGCAAGAUGUACGCAUGCAAAAAGCUCAACAAGAAGCGGCUGAAGAAGAGGAAAGGGUAUCAAGGUGCCAUGGUUGAGAAGAAGAUCUUGGCGAAGGUACACAGCAGGUUCAUCGUCUCUCUGGCCUACGCCUUUGAAACCAAGACUGACCUCUGCCUGGUGAUGACCAUCAUGAAUGGAGGGGACAUCAGGUACCACAUCUACAAUGUAGACGAGGAGAACCCCGGCUUCCUGGAGCCACGUGCUGUUUUCUACACGGCACAGAUCAUCUGCGGCCUGGAGCACCUGCACCAGAAGAGGAUUGUCUACCGCGACCUCAAGCCUGAGAACGUGCUGCUGGACAACGACGGUAAUGUGCGGAUCUCUGACCUGGGGCUGGCUGUGGAGCUGAUGGACGGGCAGACCAAGACCAAAGGCUAUGCGGGAACUCCAGGUUUCAUGGCUCCCGAGCUCCUGCGGGGGGAGGAGUAUGACUUCUCUGUGGACUACUUCGCCCUGGGUGUCACCUUGUAUGAGAUGAUCGCAGCCCGAGGACCCUUUCGAGCCCGAGGAGAGAAGGUGGAGAAUAAGGAGCUCAAGCAGCGGAUCCUCUCAGAGGCCGUCAAAUACCCAGAGAAGUUCAGCCAGCCCAGCAAGGACUUCUGUGAGGCGCUGCUGGUGAAGGACCCUGAGAAGCGCUUGGGGUUCAGGAACCAGACAUGUGAUGCACUGCGUGUCCAACCCCUCUUCAAAGACCUUAACUGGAGACAGCUGGAAGCCGGGAUGCUGAUCCCGCCUUUCAUCCCAGACUCCAGAACCGUAUAUGCAAAAAACAUUCAGGAUGUAGGUGCCUUUUCCACGGUCAAAGGCGUGGUCUUUGACAAAGCUGACACGGAGUUCUUCCAGGAGUUUGCCACCGGCAACUGCCCUAUCCCCUGGCAGGAGGAAAUGAUCGAAACCGGCAUCUUUGGGGAGUUGAAUGUGUGGCGUGAGGAUGGGCAGAUGCCGGACGACAUGAAGGGGAUCUCUGCCGUGGAGACCUCCUCAUCCAAAUCAGGAAUGUGUCUGAUUUCCUAG